GUGUAGAAAGAUCAACGGCUUACAGUUAUUCCAGUUCAAAUUCUGUGGAGAAAAACAAAAAGUUGAACAGAGAAGAAAGCAAGGAUGGGGGUGCAGAUUCUGGGGCUAUGUUCAUCCACUCCAACUCCAACACUUUGGGUUAACCUACCUGAAUCUCGAACCAGCAGUACCCGAAUUCAUUCCUUAUCAACUGCUCAGCUCACCACUACAGCUUCUAUCUCCUCCCAAUCUUCCACAAUUCAGGUGGUUAGUGUCGGUGGAAAGGUUCCAACUUUUCAUGCAAAUGAAAAUGGGAAUGAUAAUUCCUGUAGUGUCCUUGCUGAUAUGGAUUGGAUUGAUCUUGAAACUGACCUUCAUUAUUGGACCAGACAACUGCGUCCUAUUCAGUGGUACCCUGGUCAUAUUGCAAAAACUGAGAAAGAACUUAAAGAGCAAAUCAAGUUAAUGGAUGUCGUGAUUGAAGUACGAGAUGCGAGAAUUCCGUUGUCGACCACCCAUCCCCAGAUUGAUUCAUGGAUUGGAAAUAGGAAAAGAAUUUUAGUUUUGAAUAGAGAAGAUAUGAUAUCCAAAGCUGAUAGAAAUGCUUGGUCAAAUUAUUUCGCAAGACAGGGAAUUAGGACAGUCUUUGCUAAUGGGCAACUUGGAAUGGGCGCCAUGAAGCUAAGCAGGUUAGCGAAGUCAUUAGCUGAAAGUGUAAAUAUUAAACGCAGAGCCAAAGGACUUCUUCCUCGUGCAGUUCGAGCUGGAGUUAUUGGGUAUCCAAAUGUUGGGAAAUCGUCUCUGAUUAACCGGUUAUUGAAGCGUCGAAAGUGCGAAGCAGCCUCCAGGCCGGGAGUUACAAGAGUAUUGAAAUGGGCCCGAUUUGGGGAUGAGCUUGAGUUGCUGGACUCUCCUGGCAUGCUUCCCAUGCGGAUUAAUGAUCAAUCUGCCGCUAUUAAGCUUGCAAUCUGCGAUGACAUUGGGGAGAGAUCCUAUGAUGUGACCGAUGUGGCAACAAUUCUUGUACAGAUGUUGACAAGAAUACCGUCAGUAGGUUCACAAGCUCUUCAUAGCCGCUACAAGAUUGAUGUAGACGGCCAAAUUGGCAGAACAUUUAUUCAGAAGCUUGCAGUUCACUUGUUCAAUGGGGACACCCAUCAAGCAGCUUUCCGUAUCUUGACUGAUUUUCGUAGAGGUAAGUUUGGUUGGGUGGCACUGGAAAGGCCUCCUCGGUAAUGCUUCCGGUUGCUUUGAAUUGAAAAUCAUCUGUCUUUCACCCUGACACCUUGAGAGUGCCAAGUGAACUUCGUCGAUAAUGAUAUAAGUAUCAAGGGGGAGAUCAAAAGCUUCCGGUCAUUAUAAAACCAUUGAAGGAGAUAUUAGUGGUACGACCGGCAAAUCUGCAAGAACCCCAAUUUUAGUAGGUAUAUAUGAGAACGAAGCUUUGUACAUGAAUUUGGUAGUGUACAAUCUACACAACUGUUAUAAAUAUCUUGUAUUAAUAAAGUAUAGCUGCUAGCUGUAAAUUA